AUCAAUAUACGCAUGCGUUGUUUACCAUUGCGAAUGGCAACAAGAAUCUUGGCGGACAGAAAGUUGUGAAUUUUGGUCUUAAAUUAUCAAGUGCAAACGGGACAUUUUAAAGAACUUUUUGUACACAAUAUUUGGAAUUGGUCAGCUUACCUUUUUCUACUUUCCACAACCAUGACUUUGAACCCCCUGUCAAACCCAAAAGGAGUGAAACUUCUCUGUGAACUGUGUCAAAAGCCGGCGUUUGUGCAGUGCACAAAAUGCCGAGUGACAUUUUAUUGUGGUGUUGAACAUCAGCAAGCAGACUGGGUCGGUAUCCAUGAGAAGAUAUGUCAGUUGCUCAUCCCCCUGCGCACCCCCCAGCUGUCAUUUCUCUCGUCAGAGGAGCAGCGGCGAAAGAAAGAACAAGAUCUGCUGCUGAGACAGAGGAAUAUGAUUGAUCUGACGCGAACCACGGGUCAGAAGUUGUUAUUUGAAGGCAAGCAUGAGCAAGCAGUGCCCGCCGCGAUGCAGUCGCUUCGUUUCAGCAUUGAUGUGCACGGACUGGAUAGCAUUGAACUGGUACCGUCAUAUCUUAUCCUAGCGGAGGCUAGCAUAGGUCUACAUAAGCUUUCCCAGGCGGAGGAGUAUUUGGCCCAAGCUCAGUGGACGGUACUCAAGACGCCCGACUGUAGCUCGGCUAUCAAGUCCAAGCUAGCUCGCAAUCUGGGCCUGCUGUAUGCAGCUCAAGGGAACUAUGAAGAGUCACUCAGACAUCUCGCUGAUGAUAUUUUCCAUGCUUCGCAAGAAUUUGGCACGGAUGAUAUCCGUACGUCGGGCGGCUAUUUCCACAUGGCCAACGUCUUCUUCCGUCAGAAUCGUAUGGACGUCGCCGAUUCGUUGUACACAAGGGUCACGUCGAUCUGGCAUAGCCAUCUGCUGACGAUCGUUUCGGAUCGAACGAAAAAGAGCGACACACAGAGUGGUAUGUCGUCCGCCGUGGUGGAACUGGAAGAACGCAAAGUGGAAUCCCUAGACGAAGCGCAAGAAGCAGAGGCCAAACAGGUCUUGCACUCCAUUCAUGACAUCAGAGAGCAAGUGACCAAUCAGGAUGCGGCUGCCAUGGCAACCAUUGGCCACGCCCUUGCCAUGCUCUACUAUCUACUGGAUGACAUUCCGAAGGCUACCGAGCUUGGUUUGAGGGCGCAGGCAUCCAGCAACGCAAGCCAGGACCACGACGCAGAACUGGCUGCGUCUAUUAACGAGUUCAACAGCGCCCUCAAUCAUCUGCCGCUCAAACUGAACCUGCUGUCGUCUGAUUAUAGCUAGUGCAUUGUUAGUGCAGUGUUAUAGUCGAGUCAACACAAGGCAUCACAAGGCAU